AUGGCAUACCUGUUUCAGGGGUUAAUCGACUGGUUACGCUCGUUAUUCUGGGCAAAGCACCUUGAAGUCACCAUCGUUGGGUUACAGGCCAGCGGCAAGACUUCCCUCGUCAAUGUCCUCGGGUCUGGCCAGUGGUCGGAGGACGUCGUUCCGACCGUCGCGUACAACUUACGCCAAGUCCGGAAAGGAAACGUGACAAUGAAGAUCUGGGAUGUUGCUGGUCAGCCAAAGUUCCGAAGCAUGUGGGACAGGUACUGCCGCGGCGCAAAUGCCAUCAUCUAUGUUGUUGACGCCGCCGACACCAAGCUCAUCCCCACAUCAACGAGCGAGCUGCAUUCGCUUCUUGCCCUCCCGUCGCUAGCCGGCGUGCCGCUCCUCGUACUCGCCAACAAAAGCGACUUACCAGGUGCCAUCGGCGUCGAUGAGAUUAUCCGUGACAUGCGACUCGCUGAGAUCGGUGGCCGUGUCGUCUCUUGUUACUCGACCAGCAACAAGACAAAGCAUAACCUCGACAUCGUUCUGGCCUGGCUCACACAGCGUGCCCAAUGA